AUGGCGGAGUCGGUGGGGAGGGAGGGGAGAGGCGGGUCCGGAUCGAAUAGAGCAAAGCCUAUACAGGACUCCUAGGAAAUCUGUCUAAGACGGGACAAAUGAGGAGCUAUGACGAGUGAAAACCAUAGUACCAUAAAGGGAGACUCGGGCAUGAUCAUGUCCCCAACUGGCUCCUCAGCCCAAGCACCACCCCUCACGCCCUCCACCAGCAAAGCCAUCCAGGACCUGCCAGAAGAGCUGGUUCAGGCUGGAUGGGCAAAAUGCUGGAGCAAGAGAGAGAAUCGGCCAUACUAUUUUAACCGUUUUACCAACCAGUCGUUGUGGGAGAUGCCGGUCCUGGGGCAGCAUGAUGUCAUUUCUGAUCCACUGGGCCUCAACGCAGCUCCUGCCUCAGGUGAUGGCACAGGGGAGGCCGGACUGGGUAAUGGGCAACGUAAGAGACGCCCCUCAGAGGAUGCCUCUUCGGGAGGGCCGAACAGCUUCAAGAGGCCAAAGGUCGAGAUUCCUGUUACUCCAACCACCCCCACAAUCCCAAUAUCACCAAGCACCCCUGGUGCAAAGCCCUGGAACUCCACCUUGGACGAAAAACAAGCCCAGCCGAGCACCCCUGCUCCUGCUCCAGCCCCAUACCGACCCUCUGUAAUCUAUUGGGAUCUGGACAUUCAGACGAAUGCAGUAAUUAAGGAGCGGCCUUCAUUCAACUACCUCCCUCCUCAUCCGGAGAUUGAGCUUCAGCGUGCCCAGCUCACCACCAAACUCCGCCAGCACUACCAUGAGCUGUGUUAUCAGCGUGAAGGGAUCGAGCCACCGCGGGAGUCGUUCAACCGCUGGCUGUUGGAAAGGAAGGUGAUGGAUAAAGGCGUGGACCCCCUGCUGCCCAGCGAGUGUGAUCCUGUAAUCUCGCCCUCCAUGUUCAGAGAGGUCAUGAACGACAUCCCCAUCAGGCUCUCGCGCAUUAAAUACAAGGAGGAGGCCAGAAAGCUGCUGUUCAAGUAUGCAGAGGCAGCCAAGAAAAUGAUCGAUUCCAGAAACGCCACACCUGACAGUAGAAAGGUUGUGAAGUGGAACGUUGAAGACACAAUGAGCUGGCUCAGGAGAGACCACUCUGCUAGUAAAGAAGACUACAUGGAUCGUCUGGAGCACUUGCGGAAGCAGUGCGGUCCUCAUGUGACGGCCGUAGCUAAGGACUCCGUGGAGGGGAUUUGCACUAAAAUCUACCACAUCUCAGCUGAAUACGUGCGCCGAAUCCGUCAGGCCCACCUCAACCUGCUGAAAGAGUGUAACAUCACGGUGGACGGGGCAGAGACUGCAGAAGUGCAGGACCGGUUGGUGUAUUGCUACCCAGUUCGACUGUCCAUUCCAUCGCCGCCGCAGCCCCGUGUUGAGCUCCACUUUGAGAACGAUAUCGCUUGUCUGCGCUACAAAGGAGAAAUGGUGAAGGUCAACCGUGGCCACUUCAAUAAACUGGAGCUCCUUUACCGGUACAGCUGUAUUGAUGAUCCAAGGUUUGAGAAGUUUCUGUCACGCGUGUGGUGCCUUAUAAAGAGAUACCAGGUGAUGUUUGGAUCUGGUGUGAAUGAAGGCAGUGGCCUCCAGGGAGCACUUCCUGUGCCAGUGUUCGAAGCGCUCAACAAACAGUUUGGAGUCAGUUUCGAGUGCUUUGCCUCACCGCUCAACUGCUACUACAAGCAGUUCUGUUCCGCCUUUCCUGACAUUGAUGGUUUCUUUGGUUCCCGAGGGCCUUUUCUAAGCUUUUCACCUGUCAGUGGAUCAUUUGAAGCCAAUCCUCCGUUCUGCGAGGAGCUCAUGGAUGCCAUGGUCACACACUUUGAAGACCUUCUUGAGAACUCUAGUGAGCCUUUGUCUUUCAUAAUCUUUGUUCCUGAAUGGCGUGACCCCCCGACCCUAGCGCUGACACGGAUGGAGACCAGUCGCUUCCGCAAGCAUCAGAUGUCGGUGCCAGCCUUUGAGCACGAAUACCGCAGUGGCUCUCAGCAUAUCUGCAAAAGAGAGGAGAUGUACUACAAAGCCGUCCAUGGAACAGCAGUUAUCUUCCUGCAGAACAACGCCGGCUUUGCUAAAUGGGAACCAACUAGUGAGAGAAUUCAGGAGCUGCUGGCUGCGUAUAAGAUCUCGGGACGCUCGCUGUCCUCUCCUGGACCUUCUUCAUCUUCAUCCUCCAGUAGUGGAGAUAGAGACUCCAAACCGAGCUAUGAGCGCUCUGCGAGCCUGGAAGCCCCUGGAGGCCGUGACAGUAGCAGCCCGGCACCUGAAACAUCAAACAUUUAAGUGUGUGUGUGUGUGUGUGUGGGAAGAAUGACUGACUGCAUGUUUAGUCAGUUCACGAGAGAGAAUGAGGAUGGAGCUAAAGACAAAAGCUUCAUUUACUUUUCUCCGUCUGUAAUAUUUAAAGAAAUAUUAUGGGUUUUAUUAUUAAUGUUGUCGUUGUUGAGCUUUUUUUUUUUUUUUAAACUGAUGUGAUUAUUUGUUCACUAAUUGCGUUUUGUUGCCAUUUGAGAUGUGGUAAUUCUACUUGGGUUUUAUUUUGGCCUUUUUAACUUUGUGCUUUGCGUCUUGGCAGAGUCGUCUAUCUGUCAGAUUGAGAAGUGAGAAAUGGAUGAGUGUCUCUGUUGUGCUUUUUCUUGUUCAAGUCCUUUUUUUUUUCCCCCUUUAAACUUGUAUGCCAACAGAAGGGAGAUGAAUCCAUGAGUGGGCAGCUAUGUUCAUUAGCCCCUAACAUGCUAUACAUUAGAGUAGUAGUAGUCGUAGCAGUAGGCCUUGUCGUAUACACAUUUAUCUGUGCUCGAGCCAGUUUCUUUUGUGUUGGAGAGACUCCUUGAUGUACCCAUACAAGCCCUAGUGGUCCCUCUUCUGGAACAAAGCACUGACGAUGACAAAAACUCCCCUGAGAGUUUGUUCGAAGCGGUCCGUUUUAGGUGGGGUUCAGAACGCAAAGGAGCGAAACAGCAGCAAAGGAUAGUUUCGUAUCGUUUUCUCAGAUAGAAUCUGCCGGAUGGAUGGAUGAAUAGAUAGAUAGAUAGAUAGAUAGAUAGAUAGAUAGAUAGAUAGAUAGAUAGAUAGAUAGAUAUCAGGUUGUUCUAGUUCUACUUUUAGUUUACUUGUACUUAAAAUGUGCACAGAGGAUAAGGAGGAAUCCAGUUGACUUUGUUUACUCGUCUGUAGAAAAAUACUGUUUUGUUACUCUUCGAGGUGUACAGUGCGUACUUUCAGCAAGGUUUGGCAGCAUCGACUGUGACAGCCAUGAUAAAAUAAUACCAUUUCCCCCACUAAAGUUUCCAAUUUGUGAGUGGAUAAUAUAUAAUUUCCAUCCAUAUUUUUUUUAUGUCUCGGUGAAGAUUGCAGGAGAAAGCAAUAGGUGAACCUAAAAGCUUAUCUGUGAUAUUGCAUUUCAGCAAUACUAACUUGUCCAUCCAUUAUGUAGUCCUAUCUUAAUUUCAGCCUUCGAAAGGAUCUUAUUAAAUGCCUUGGGUUUCUUUUUCUUUCUGUGAAGUUACAAAUGUGUUUGUAAUCGUGUUUCUACUCCAGAACGAGAUUUGAACCUGAUCACUGGGCAGCAUAAUGAAUGUAAAUUAACAACAACAAAAAAAAGGGACAAAGAGUUGAUCCUACGUUUUCCCUCUAGUUCUCGGAGUAGACCAAUGAGAAGUUUCCUCCACUCCAAAUGUUCUGUUGGAAUCUGCUUUGUUGCAGUUAGUCAUGUGAUUUGAAUUUCUAAGCAUCCUUAUAGAGGUUUUUUUAUUUUCUGUCCUCUCUAUGUAUGAAGUAAUGACUCGUCAUCGCUCUAUGCUUGAGGGUUGGCUCAUGUACUCUUGCCAUUAUAGCAGUACAGUAUUUUGGCAGUUUGCUCAUCAUUGCUAACAUCCGACACCCAAAAGGUAGUAUCUCACCUUUUAUGAAGUCUUUUAUCUGGCUUUCUCAUUCCUGGGGUAUUUCCCAUCACCAGCAAAACUGUAGAUAUUGUACAGAAAAGCAUUAUGAAGUAUGAUUUUUUUUCCCCCCUGCUACAGUUGUAGAGUGAGUGAGCUCUUUUGAAAAAGAAAAAAAAAAGUAUUCUCCAUGCCUUUCUCCCCCCAUGCUUUUAUUUCUUUUAAACAAAUCUGUUUAUGAAUUGUACAAUUUAUUAAAUAGACGUCAUUUUAAACUAAACCAAAGUGAUAACUGAAGAGGAGAAAUCUAUCUUGUAUGUAAUAGUAGAACUGUGUAUGAACAGUACUGCAUAGUGUAACCAGCAAAAAUGAUUUGUUAUUUUUAUAUUUCACUGUUGUACGUGUUCGGUUUUAGGUUCUUUUGCUUGAUCCCAUGUGUCACAAUCACAAAAGAGAUAAUUAAAUGUAUAGUGCUUA